AUGACUGAGAGCCCCACCACCACCACCACCAGCAGCAGCAGCAGCAGCAGCAGCAGCAGCAGCAGCAGCAGCAGCAGCAGCAGCAGCAGUAGUAGUAGUAGCUCCACCACCAAGCCGUCUAACGGGACUGCGCGCCCCCGAGGAAAGAACGGUCUGAAGCUGGAGACAGAGGGCUGGCUCCAGGCUGCUCCUCCACCGCACAAACACGCUCAGAACCACGGGCUCAACGGGGAGAUCAAUGAGAAUGGCAGCCUGUAUCGUCAGCCCUUUGUCGAGUCGUUUGAGAAGACGCCCAUGUGGGUGGCUGUGCUGACCUACAUGGGUUAUGCCAUCCUGACCGUCUUCGGACACCUACGUGACUUCCUGCGUUCCUGGAAGAUUGAAAAAUGCAACACCACCGCAGAGAGGGAGGAGCAAAAGGAUUUUGUGCCCCUCUACCAAGAGUUUGAAAACUUCUACACCUGGAACGUGUACACCCGUGUGCGUGACAUCCUCAACAGGCCGAUAUGCAGUGUCCCAGGAGCCACCAUGGAUCUGCUGGAGCGGACGUCGCAUGAUUACAACUGGACUUUUGAAUACACAGGUCGAAUAGUGCACAAUGUGAUCAAUCUUGGCUCGUACAAUUAUCUGGGCUUUGCUGAGAACACUGGGCCCUGUGCUGAGGCUGCAGCCAGAAUUACCACAAAGUACGGAGUAGGAGUGGCCAGCACCAGGCAGGAAAUGGGAAACCUGGACAGACACGAGGAGCUGGAGAAGCUGGUCUCUCGCUUUCUGGGGGUGGAGGCGGCUAUGACUUUUGGGAUGGGGUUUGCCACUAACUCCAUGAACAUACCAGCUCUGACUGGCAAGGGUUGUCUGAUCCUAAGUGAUGAGCUGAACCAUACCUCUCUGGUGCUGGGGGCCAGGCUUUCCCGCUCAGUCAUCCGGGUCUUCAAACACAACAAUAUGCAAAGUUUGGAGAAACUGCUCAGAGAGGCUAUUGUGUAUGGUCAGCCCAGAACACACAGGCCAUGGAAGAAGAUCCUCAUACUGGUGGAGGGCAUCUACAGCAUGGAGGGCAGUAUCGUUCGGCUGCCGGAGGUGAUCGCCCUGAAGAAGCGCUACAAGGCCUACCUGUACCUGGACGAGGCGCACAGCAUCGGAGCCCUUGGGCCCAGAGGGGGGGGCGUGGUGGAGUACUUCGGCCUGGAUCCUGCUGACGUGGACGUGCUCAUGGGCACUUUCACUAAGAGCUUCGGGGCCGCUGGGGGAUACAUUGCAGGGAAGAAAGAGAUGAUCGAUUACAUGCGCUCCCACUCCCACAGUGCGGUCUACGCCACCUCCAUGUCUCCUCCUGUGGUGGAGCAGGUUAUCACUUCUAUGAAGAGCAUUAUGGGAGAGGAUGGCACAACUAUAGGUCGUGACCGUGUGAAGCAGCUGGCAGAGAAUACAACCUAUUUCCGAAACCGUCUCAAUGAGAUGGGCUUUAUCAUAUACGGCAACAGUGACUCGCCGGUCGUCCCCUUGAUGCUCUACAUGGUCGCAAAGAUUGGCGCGUUCGGAAGAGAGAUGCUGCGGCGGAACAUCGGCGUGGUGGGGGUGGGCUUCCCUGCCACGCCCAUCAUCGAGUCGCGCGCUCGCUUCUGCAUCUCGGCCCAACACACUCGGGACAUGCUUGACAAGGCUCUGAGCGCCAUCAACGAGGUGGGGGACCUUCUCAGCCUCAAGUAUUCCCGCCGACGAGUACGGCCGUCUGUGGUUUGCUCCGGGGACCACCACUCAUUAGAGGGCAUUGACAAUUAG